AUGUACAGAAAAUAUUUAUAAUGGAAGCAUCCUCAUCUUCAUCAGCAGCUCAACUCUCCACGCAGAGCGGCAGAACUCAAAACAUCGAUUGAUUAUUAUUAGAGGAUUCACUCCUCCAUUGAUUCGGAUUCUGUUACCACAUUUGAGAAUCAAGUGUACUGUGUUCUGAAUCCACUUGUUGAUUGAAGCAAGAAUGUAUCUUUUAAACUCUUCACCCACUGUAAUUCCUUGUUUCCAUACUAGGAAAUCUAAGACACAUCAGUUACUUUUCAAGAGUUUCAACUACAUUCGACAUCCUCCAAGUUGUGUUCGAAAAGUUGUAUGUCCAGUUUUCAGAAACAAGAAUCAAAGCAUAUCGGCGGUCGCAUCUAGAGAUUAUGGGGAUGCUAUUGAUGGAUUAUUUGAUGAUGAUGACGACUCCAUUACAAUUGAUCUGACAGAACUCGAGGAAGAUGAUGAUGAAUCAUCACCAUGGGAGGGAGCAAUUACUUACCAAAGGAACGCUUCUAUCUCACAUGUUGAGUAUUGCACUACCUUGGAGAGACUAGGAUUGGCUAAAGUCUCUAGUGAAGUAUCAAAAUCUCAAGCAUUUGCAAUGGGAUUACGAGUUAGCAAAGCGGUUAAGGAUUUUCCACUUGGAACCCCUGUUCUUGUAUCGGUUGAUGUUACAAAGAAAAAGAAAAGGUUGAGGCUCGAUGGCAUCAUCAAAACCGUCAUCACCCUUGGAUGCAAUAGAUGUGGCGAGCCAACUGGAGAGGGUAUAUUCUCAAACUUCUCACUAUUACUACUUGAGGAUCCAAUUGAAGAAGAAGAAGAUGAUAUUACAAAUAUUGGAACCAUAUUUGGAGAAGAUAAAUUUAAAAGUUACGGUAAGAACAGUAACAAGAAUGAAGAAGAAGAUGAGGAAGAUGCAGUAAUUGACAUUGACGAUCGACUGUAUUUCCCUCCUGAAGAGAAAACAAUAGACAUUUCAAAAAACAUAAGAGACAUGGUGCAUAUAGAGAUAACCAUCAAUUCAGUCUGCAGUCCACAAUGCAAAGGUUUGUGUCUCCAAUGCGGUAAGAAUCUCAAUAUUACUGCUUGUAUUUGCGAUAAACGGGAGAAAAAAGAAAAGGGUUAUGGCCCGUUAAGAGACUUGAGAAGUCAGAUGCAACAGAGUUGAAUUCCUGUCUUAUUGAAAAUCUUGUAUGUUUAGUUGUUUAGGUUCUUAAUAUGCCAAAUGAUAAUUAGCUAAUGCAUGAGCUUAUUCUUUU